UUCAUUUCAAUUUUCACCCAAAACUCCCCCUACACUUUUGAUAUUUCUUUGGGUAUAAUUUCUUCAUCAAACCCUAGCAUAAAAUUCCCCUACACUUCACUCAAACUCAAUUUUGUUUCUUUUUUCCAUUUUUGCUGAAUUGUUUCGAACUCAGUUUAUUUACUAUCUCUAUUUGCAUGGGUAGUAAUGAAUUGCCAGUAGUAGCUGCUCAAAAACCAGCAACGAAAACCAGAGUCUGAAGAGGGAAGAAUAGAAGGAAAUGGGGGAUGAGAGUGGUGGGUUGAGUGCUAAUAAUAACAAAGGAACUGGACAUGAAGAUGAGAGUAACUCCUCCCCUUUCCCUGACAAGGUGCAAGUAGGAGGGUCACCAGUUUAUAAGGUUGAAAGGAAGUUAGGUAAAGGUGGUUUUGGUCAUGUAUUUUUGGGUCGUCGUCUUUCUAGUGGAAAUGAACGUUCAAUUGGUCAAGGGGCUGUGGAGGUCGCACUGAAAUUUGAGCAUACAAGUAGCAAAGGUUGUAACAAUGGUCCUCCAUAUGAGUGGCAAGUUUACAAUACUCUUGGAGGCAGCCAUGGGGUGCCUAGGGUGCACUAUAAAGGGAUAAAAGGAGACUAUUAUGUAAUGGUUAUGGACAUUUUAGGGCCUAGCUUAUGGGACAUGUGGGAUUCCUCUGGGCAGGCGAUGUCUUCAGAAAUGGUGGCAUGUAUUGCAGUUGAGUCUUUGUCAAUUUUGGAAAAACUGCAUGCUAAAGGCUACAUUCAUGGAGAUGUAAAGCCAGAGAACUUUUUGCUUGGUCAGCCAUCAACACCGCAUGAGAAGAAGUUGUUCCUUGUUGACUUGGGACUAGCAACAAAGUGGAGAGAAAAUACGAAAGGUCUGCAUGUGGUAUAUGAUCAGAGACCUGACAUGUUUAGGGGGACUGUUCGGUAUGCAAGUGCGCAUGCGCACUUGGGAAGGACUGCCAGUAGAAGAGAUGAUCUGGAAUCACUUGCAUAUACACUCAUUUUUCUUCACCAAGGCAGGUUGCCAUGGCAAGGGUUUCAGGGCGAUAACAAAUCGUUUUUGGUCUGCAAAAAGAAGAUGGAAACAUCUCCGGAUACGCUUUGCUGCUUCUGUCCAGCGCCUCUGAGAGAGUUUCUCGAUAUAGUAAUAAAUAUGAAAUUUGAUGAAGAACCUAAUUAUUCGAAGUUAAUCUCUUUAUUUGGGAGCUUACUUGGACCUGAUCCUGCUAUAAGACCAAUUAACACUGAUGGUGCCCAAAAAGUGAUUAUUCAAGUUGGCCAAAAGCGAGGGAGAUUAAAUCUAGAGGAGGAAGAAGAGCAGCCUAGAAAGAAGGUUCGCAUGGGAGUUCCUGCAACACAGUGGAUUUCGAUUUACAAUGCCAGAAAGCCCAUGAAACAGAGGUACCAUUAUAAUGUAGCAGAUACAAAGCUGGCACAGCAUGUGGAGAAAGGGAAUGCAGAAGGUUUAUAUAUAAGUUGUGUGGCAUCUUGUUCCGACUUGUGGGCUAUUAUCCUGGAUGCUGGAAAUAAAUUCACGAGCCAAGUUUAUGAGCUAUCACCAUUAUUCUUGCACAAGGAGUGGAUAAUGGAACAGUGGGAGAAGAACUAUUAUAUUAGUUCUCUUGCUGGUGCCACCAAUGGAAGCUCUCUUGUUGUAAUGUCAAAAGGCACACAGUUCACUCAGCAGUCCUACAAAGUGAGUGAGUCAUUUCCGUUCAAGUGGAUAAGCAAGAAGUGGAAAGAAGGGUUCCAUGUAACCUCCAUGGCAACUGCUGGCAGUAGGUGGGCAGUCGUUAUGUCUCGCAAUUCAGGAUUCAGUAACCAGGUAGUGGAACUCGAUUUUCUUUAUCCAAGUGAAGGCAUUCAUGAACGGUGGAAUAGUGGUUAUCGUAUUACAGCAACAGCUGCUACGUCAGAUCAAGCUGCUCUUAUCUUGAGCGUGCCUCGACGAAAACCUGGCAAUGAGACUCAGGAAACAUUGAGAACAUCUCAGUUUCCAAGCACACAUGUUAAGGAAAAGUGGGCAAAAAAUCUCUAUCUUUCUUGUCUAUGCUUUGGCCGAACUGUAUCGUGAGAAGUUGCAACAUCUGACGUUGGGUACCCCCCCCCCCCCCC